CCACCACAAGGACACAAAGAGGUGUCAUCUCUGAACCAGGAAGUGGGCUGCACCAGACUCGGAGUCUGCAGGCACUUUGAGCUUGGACAUCCGACCUCCAGAACGGUUCCCAGGAGGGUGGCCCUGUCAAGAACAAGAGAUGAUGAACCUCCCCAGACCCAGGCGGGGCGACCAGCUGCUGUUCCUGGGCAUCAUGGUCCUCACAGUCCUGGCCAUCUUCCUGCUGUUCUACGCUCUCCUCUGGCAGGCGGGCGACCUCAUCAACUUGCCCAACCUGAGAAUUGGCUUUUACAACUUCUGCCUGUGGAACGAGAGAGCGGGCCGCCUGCAGUGCCACCAGUUCCCUGAGCUGGAGUCCCUGGGGCUGCCUUGGGGCACCCUGGCCCUGGCCAGGCUCGGUGUGUACGGGGCCCUGGUCCUCACCCUCUUUGUCCCCCUGCCUCUGCUCCUGGCCCGCUGCCACAGGAGCGAGGGUGAGUGGCAUCUGGCAGUGUGCUUCCUGGCGAUGGCCUCCAUGCUGCUGGCCGGGGGCCUGGGCCUCUUCCUCACCUACACCUGGAAGUGGAUCACGAUCUCCCUCCUGGGGCCUGGAUUUCUAGCUCUGGCCGCUGCCCAGGCCUUGCUGGUCCUCUUGCUUAUGGCCACAUUCAUGUUCCCCCAAAAGGCAGAAGAUGACAAGAGCAAGCAGAAGAGACACUAGUCCUGUCCAAAGGCUCACAUGACUGCCAAGGCUGUUUGAAGGAGGCUCCAAUAGGUGCCAGAGGACUCAUGGCUUCGUGUUUUCUCAGCCACCCUGCAUCAUAGCUGAUACUGAUCUCAAGCUUGAGCAGAUGGGCCCCACUGAGGAAGGGGCACCUGGCAUGAAGGAGGCCCGGGUAGUAAGGGUGACUGGGCCCUGCAGCUUCUUAGUGUUGGCUUGUCUGUCCUUUGGGACUGCUAACACCACGUAGCUCCUUGUCACGAGAAUUCCUGCUAUAAUUAACUGAUCUGAGCAAACCAUUCUUACUUCAUUCUCAGGAUGUUGGCCAGAGAAGGGUUCCUGUCCCAGGGCCAGAUUUCCAGGAUGAUUGGUCAAAGGCCAAACUGAGACCCCGGGAAGGUUCAUGGUGACAAAUGGGGAACACUGAGGGCAUCUCAGUGUCCCCGGGGCCCUGGUUAGCAAGCUUCUCCCUUGCCCCUUCCUCCCCAAGACACCACUCCCAAAGGCACAGGAGAGAUCUCAGAGGGAGUCUCUGAAGUUCCCCUAAGGCUGCUGGACGCCAAGCCAGACAGCAGGGGAGUGAGUUGGCACAACCUGGGAGUCCGGGAGCAGAGCAUGCU